AUCCCCUCUCUCUCUCUCUCUCUCUCGUGCUGUCACUGCCUCCAUAUUUCCGAUCGCGAAGCGAGUCGCUCGAUCCCAUGGCUCCGAAGAAGGACAAAGCCCCGCCUCCCUCGUCCAAGCCUGCGAAGUCUGGUGGUGGAAAGCAGAAGAAGAAGAAAUGGAGCAAGGGAAAGCAGAAGGAGAAGGUGAACAACAUGGUGCUGUUUGACCAGGCAACUUAUGACAAGCUUCUUUCCGAGGCACCCAAGUAUAAGCUCAUCACCCCGUCCAUCCUCUCUGAUCGCCUAAGGAUUAAUGGAUCACUUGCUCGGAAGGCAAUAAGAGAACUCAUGGCUAGAGGUUUGAUCAGGAUGGUCUCUGCUCAUGCAAGCCAGCAGAUCUACACCAGGGCGACAAAUACAUAAGUAUCGUAGGCCCCCUGCAUUUUCAGCUAUAUAUUAAUGGUUGUUUCAUAUCCUGAAUUGGUAAACGUACUGUUUUUUGCUUUUUAAUCUAUGAGACAGGUUAGUGCUCUUUGAGAUUUUGAAGAAAUAGAUUUUGCCUACAAGUAUUAGUCUUUCCUGCGUUCUUAGUACCCCUUCAAAACAGAUUUUGGCAUCUUGAAA